CCCCGUUUCUGUCUGUCCCGCUCUGACACGCAAUGGAACAGAGCUCAUCCCGAGUGGUGGAGUCAGUUUGAAACGGGACUUCAGACAGUUGAACUGUGGAUGCUGCAGCACAGGAAAUGCCUUGUGGACUCUUGUUAAUCAUCUAGCGAUUUCACUUCUCUGGGGAUCUCUCGUUUCUCUGAACUGCAGAAAGUCCGUAGGAUAGGCUAACUGAAGCUACAGGACAUCUAUAGUGCGCCGGGAUGCUCGGAAUAAGUCAUUUCACUUUGACAACAGCGGCAGUUGUUGUGCUGCUGCCAUGUGUGCUGUCCUUCAACGUGGACCAGAAAAAUGGUUUGUCGUUCAGCGGUCCACUGGAGGACAUGUUUGGCUACACUGUCCAGCAGUUUGAGAACAGCGAAGGGAAAUGGGUUUUGAUUGGAUCGCCGCUGUCGGGCCAGCCAGCUAAACGGACAGGAGACGUCUACAAGUGUCCUGUGGGGAUGGGGGACAACACAUGUGUCAAACUGGAGUUGCCUAGUAAGAAUAAUCUUUGUGUAUGUGUAAACACAACAGUUCCCAACUUGCAUGAAGUCAAGGAGAACAUGACCAUGGGAACCACGCUGGUGACCAAUCCCAACGGAGGAUUUCUGGCCUGUGGUCCUCAGUACGGCUACAUGUGCGGCCAGCAGCAGUACAUCUCAGGAGUUUGUGCAAACGUCAGCGAUUCCUUCCAGAUCCUCAACUCUGUGGCACCGGCCGUGCAAGAGUGUGCAAAGGAGUUGGACAUUGUCAUAGUUCUGGAUGGAUCUAACAGUAUCUACCCCUGGACCAGUAUAAUCGAUUUUCUGCGACGUUUCAUAGAGAAAAUUGUAAUCGGACCUAAACUCUCACAGGUGGGGAUAGUGUCCUAUGGUGAGACUGUGACUCACCGUGUCAACCUGAGCCAGUUUGACAACACUCAAAAUCUUCUGAAAUUCGUUGAUGAACUUCCUCAGCAGACCGGCUUCAAGACCAUGACUUUCCUGGGCAUUGAUACUGCCAGGAGGGAGGCCUUCAUGCCGGAGCGUGGUGCACGACCUGGGGUGAAGAAAGUCAUGGUGAUUGUGACUGACGGAGAGUCACAUGACUUCCAUAAUCUGGACAAGGUCAUCGGAGACUGUAAAGAUGAUGACAUCGAGAGGUUUGGCAUUGCUGUUUUGGGAGACUACAAUCGUCAGAACAAAAGUGCGGAAGAAGUGCAAAAGUUUAUCAAGGAGAUUGCGGCCAUCUCCAGUGAGCCGCUAAAUGACCACUUCUUUAACGUGUCAGAUGAGGUGGCCUUGUUGACCAUUGUGGAUGCUUUGGGAAGCAAGAUUUUUGCCUUGGAAGCUACAACCGGCAAUUUCACCUCCUCCUUCGGGAUGGAGAUGUCCCAAGCUGGGUUUAGUGCACAUACUUCUAAAGAAGGUGUGUUACUGGGAGCAGUGGGAGCGUAUGACUGGAAUGGGACAGUAGUCAUGCAUACUGCUGGAGGAAUAAUCACUCCAGGGAAGACCCAGUUCUACGACCCAAAGACUGAGGCCGGGUACGAAGGACUUGCUGGGUACCUCGGCUAUGAUGUCCAGUCAGCAUCCACCCCUGAUGGAGUGCUGUACAUCACAGGUGCACCGCGUUACAACCACACAGGCCGGGUUGUUAUCUAUCGUCUAAAUAAAACGAACAACAUUGUCGUUUCACAGAUACUGAAAGGAGAACAGAUUGGUUCCUACUUUGGCAGCGUCCUGCAGACUGUCGACGUGGAUGGUGAUUCCUAUACGGAUCUCCUCUUGGUCGGAGCUCCAAUGUACAUGGGCACAGAAAGAAAUGAGCAGGGACUAGUCUACGUCUACAAACUCAAGCAGGACGGCCAAUUUGAGCACGAGUUCACUUUAAAGCCAAUCAAUCAGUCCUGUUGUACUGCCCACUCAGCCAGCUGCACUAAUAAAAAUGAACCAUGUGGUGCCCGGUUUGGUACGGCCAUCGCAGCAGUAACAGAUCUCAAUCUUGACGGGUUUAAUGACGUGGCGAUCGGUGCACCUUUUGAGAACGACCACCGAGGGGCUGUCUACAUCUAUCAUGGAGAUAAGAUGUCACUGAAAGAGAAAUUUGUACAGCAUAUUCCUGCAGGUGGGGACAGUGAGAAGGUGAAAUUCUUUGGGCAGUCUAUACAUGGAGUCAUGGAUCUAAAUGGAGAUGGAAUCACUGAUGUAACCAUUGGAGGUCUGGGAGGUGCUUCACUAUUCUGGUCCAGAGAUGUUGCAGAGCUCCGUGCCAACAUGACUUUUGAACCUGUUAAAAUCAACCUUCAGCAGACUCAGUAUCAGUGUGAACAUGGUGGACGCAAAUCUGCGUGUGUGACAACUGAGGUGUGUUUCGUCUACAAUAUCAAAUCUGACAAGCAGGACGUAAACACUGCUGCAGAGAUCCGCUACAAUCUGACCCUGGAUGCUCUGCGUGCAAAAGCCAGGGCCUCAUUUAUUGACUCGGAUGAUAAAAGUGAUCGUAAAAUUACCAGGAACUUCACCAUCAAAGACAGAGAGAGAAAAUGUGUGAAAGAAACCUUCAUGAUGUCGGCCCGGCUUGACUUCCGAGACCCUCUCAUGGUAUCUUUAGAGUUUGGACUUGCUAAUGAAGACCAAGGCCCUGUCCUGGAUGAAAGCCUUCCCAGAUCCAUCAAUAAGACCAUUCCCCUAGUGGACUGUGGAAGCGAUGAGAAGUGCAUUGCUGACCUCUCUCUCAAAGCAGAGCCUAAUGUCAAAAAAAUGAUGAUCAGAGCAAACAAAGACAAGAUUGACGUGAACAUCAACGUUAGAAACAGCAAAGACAACGCAUACAACACAAAAGUUACCCUCAGUUUCACAGCGAACAUCAACUAUGUUAAAGUAGAGCCGGAGAAGGCAUGCACUCUGAAUCACACAAAGGUGGAGUGUGCUGUUGGAUAUCCCUUCUUGGGAAGCAAUGUAGAGGAAAAUUUCAAAGUGAAAUUUGAGGUAAAUCCCAAACAUAUCCAGGAUGUAAUUCAGAUCAAUGUGACAGCUACAAGUGACAGCGAAGAGCUGGCUUCGACCCUGCAUGACAACACAGUGCACAUCUCCAUCCCUGUGAAGUAUGAAGCUGGACUCAUAUUCUCAGUGCGGCCUGUGGAUCACCACGUCGAAGUAAAAGAGGGUGAACAGUAUUCCAGUGCAUUCAAUGACACCGGGAUGAUCGGAGAGGAGGUCAACAUCAGCUACACGGUGGAGAAGUCAGGUGAUAUGGUGUCUCCUCCUCUUGACCUUACAGUGAAGUAUCCUCACCUGUCGCCUCGGCAGAACAACUUACUUUACCUAACACACGUCACCACCAGCCCACAGGUGAAAUGUGACGCAGAACGUUGGAUCAACCCUCAUAAAAUUAACCCGAAUACUAUAACUCCCAAUACAAAGAAAGAAACUCUCAGUGUCUUUCUGCUGAGCUGUGAAAACCUCAACUGUGCAUCAUUUAGCUGCUCUAUCCCUGAAGCUACGAUCAGUCAGGUCAACAUUACAUUCAGAGUGUGGAAACCUACGUUCAUCAAGGGCGAGUUUACCAGCCUAUACAUGUUGGUGAAUGCCACCCUGGCGAUCAAAAACACAGACCUGUUUGAACUGAGCAGCAGCGACAGGACCAGAAGUGUGAAAAUCCAGGUUUCGAAGGAGAGCUUAGGAGGAAUCCCUAUUUGGAUCAUCAUCAUCAGCAUCCUGAUAGGACUGCUGAUCUUAGCACUUGUCAUCUUCGCUCUCUGGAAGAUGGGCUUCUUCAAGAGAAAAAACAGGGACUACUCAAAGGAGGAAAUGAUGGACUGAGGUAGCCAGACAUCCAGCAGCAAGCAGCUAUGUGACCGACAUCAGGUCACACAAAGUGACGGGCAGACUUUUAAACAGAUAGUCGGACAGACGGAGGAGACGCCAUAAAACCCACAGACACCUCAGUGCUACGACACAGUGGCGAAAACCAGGAAAACACAGUUACAGUUACAGUUACAUACAGUAUACAUCAAGUCAGGUCAAGCCGUUCAAGAAGCGAAGCAAUGGAGGAGGAAGAAACCAUUGCCUACCAGGCAUCUGUUGGCAAAGUAGCAUACAGCAGUUUUACAAAACCAUAGGAGCUACAAUAGCUGCACUCCAGUUCCAGAGGAAAAAAGUACUCAGGUUUUUCUGUAUGGUGAUCCAAUGUCGGGUAAGCCACCUCACAUUCACUUUCUAUGUCAUUACAGCAACAAUGUCCAAAGGUCUAUUCACUUCUAAGACAUACACAAUAUGUGAACUUAAUAUGUGUUGGAGCAACACUGUCUGAUAGCUUAGACUCUUGUUUUAAAGCUGAUGUGCUUGAUUAGUUUUAUGAAACACUGUACCUUUUAGCAUGUUAUAGUAUUUUGUUUUUGUUUGGUAUUUUUGCUACAUUUUUUUACAAUAUAACAUGGCACAUCCUUAAUUUUUAAAAUGUUGGCUAAAGACACUGACCUGAACACAAGAUUUGUUUUAUGCAGAGGUGCAGUCUGACUGCUUUUAUUUUUUUUAUACUUUUAAUCUUAGUUAACCAAUUCAAAAACAAAAGAAAGAUUGGCCCAACUCAGAUGCUAAAAGUGAAAAUUAGUGUCACAUUGGUUACUGAGGGAUACAGAAAGCUGCGCCUGCAAUAUUCAAAUCUUUGAUUGUACUGUAAAUAUAAGUAAAUGCUCCAAAAUGUAAAGCUUAAAAAUGUACAUAAUUUUGUUUGAUAUGAUUCAUGUAAUUUAAGAGAUGUUAUCCAUAAAUCAGUCAGGUCAGAGAAGAUGAUUUUGCUCAGGUGCUACAAGUAUCAUGAAUGAUGACAUUAACAUUUUAAGUAUAAGAAAAUGAUCUGGCCUAUCUCACAAUGUCAAAGGCGAUGCAAAUAUGUAAAUAUUGUUAUAUUUUGAUGAGAAAAUUAAAGUAUAAUUAUUAUUUACUGAAGAUGAGGGUUUGUAGCCACUAGUUUGGUUUUAUUUGAUUGAAAGCCUGGAGAAUGACUGUGUUGAGGUGAGAUACAACUGUAGCAUAUUUUGAUUUCAACCUUUUUAGUUUGCAAAAUGUAAGGUAAAAUGUAUUCCAAUGUAGAAAUAUAUAUGUGUCACCAGCAGUUGCCAUACAGUAAAUGGGAUUCACUGGUAGGUGGUUUGUAGUGUAGACAAGCUACAUGUACACAAAGCAUUAGCAUACUACAGGAUCAGUGUCCCCACAUUUGCGGUACACAGUACCUAACAAAGUUACUUUUUCAGGUUUUCUGUAUUUUUUUUUUUUUUCCAGAAGUCCACAGCUACACAAUGCAUUAAAAGAGAUUAUAUUGUAUAUUGGGGAGACUGGGUUUCUGCCUCUUUUUUCGACUUUCUCCCUCAUUGUCAUACAAUAAAGUUGAGGGAAAACAGCAAGAAGAAUAAGAGGCAGCUUUUUGAAUUUUAAAUACUCCUCGGCACUCACGCUUCACUGUUGACAUGAAGCACAUGUAAUACAUUGUAUGUACAGAAUGUGUAACUGUUGUAGGGCUACAUCAGGUUUGUGCACGAGGGUGGAGUCACAAGUCUCCCUUUUGUUCACUUGAGGUGGUGGGAUUGUUUUCUCAGUUCCUCUCUUAACUUCUGAGAGUAAAGCACAAAGUGAGAGUUGUGAGCUCCACCCCAGCCUUCUACACUGCUGUGAAGUCUUCAUUGUAAUGCACUGGUUUGUCAGACUGUAUGCGUCCUCAUCAGCACAGCAAUGAACUGAAUCUUAUGUACAAAAAUAAAGACUUUUUACAAAGUA